AUGAAGUUGGAGGAUGUUCUAAAACAGCAGGUAGAAAUUGAUGAAUUAUUUGUGUAUUUAUGUAAAUUGCAUGAAAGAUUAUUAGUUAGAAAUGAUUCUGAUAAUGAUGACGAUUCUCUACAAGCUAUAUCAUUAAAUAAAGUCCGUCAUGAUUUAAUCGUUUGCUUAAAUGAUUUCAAUACGUUAAAUGAUAUGUUAAUAUCAUUUGAUGGUGCUAUUAAGCAAGAUAUUCGAAUCCUAGAGGAAGCUAAGCUUGAAAUUAAUACUUUAAAACAGAGGAAAGGUGAAUUGUUAAAACAAAGAGAUCAGUGGGUUUUAACUUCUAAUAGCUCAAAUUUUAUAGAUUCAAAUAUUACCAAGAAUAAUAAUGAUGUUAUGCAAAUUAGAACAUCCUACAGAAAUAAAAUUGAUCAAUAUAUUGGAUUAGUAGGGAUACAGAAUACAACCUUGUUUAAUCACUCUGGAUUUACAAUCCAAGGAACUGAAAGACUCAAAGAAUAUGAAGAGGAGAUCUCGUUAACUCCAAAACAAACAAUUGACUCUUUAAGAUUACUAAAUGAUUGUCAGUCGGAGCUUCAAAAGGAGAUCAAGGUACUGAGAGCAUUAUUAAGUAAUUUAGAGAAGGAUUCACAAUUUAUUAUAAAUGAAAAACGACAACUCACUUAUCUCAUUGAAUACCAACGAAAUCAAAUAGAGAAACAAUUAAUUAAUAUUGAAAAUGAAGCAGUUAAAUUGCUAAAUAAAUGUGGUUUUUUAUUUCCAAAAAACUCUGAAACUUCAUCACCCUUUGCACCUUCAAAUAAUAGUUCGAUUAGCAAAAAGUUAUUAAAUUUUUGGAAUCCAAGAGAUAAUCAUGAUAGUACACCAGAGGAUACAAAUAUAUAUAUGGUGAUUGACCACAGUGAUGAAUUCAUCGAUUCAAAAAUUAACACACUGAAAUAUCAACUAAAAUCCAGAAAGAAAAAUUCUACAAAUUUAUUAGUUGACAAACAGCUAUGGCAAGAUUGUGUUAAAACAUUAGAAGACCUGGAGGAUUCUCUAGAAAAGACAUUAUCUGAUGUAGAUAAAGGUUCUAAUUCAGUUUUGUUACCACCUUCUGCUCUAUUAUCUAUGAUUACUAAUGAAAUCGAUUAUUUAAAAGGUUCUUUGAAUAAUACUAAUAAUCCAAGACUGAAAAAUUUGAUCCAGCACGAAAUUGCUAAUCUACAGAUAGCCUGUGACGAAUUGUCUAUUAAGUCAAAUCAUCAAAACAAAACUGAUUCUGAAGAAAUAAGAAAGCCGAAUAUAUCUAUCUCAGAUCAUUAUAUGAGCAAUUUCAUGGAUUAUAAUACAAGAAGCUUAAAGGCACCUUUAAUUAUAGGUAAGUCACCCCCAAAGAUUGGUGUUUCCAACGAAAGCACGAAUAACAUUUUCGAUACAUUCACUAGCAAAAAAACGAAGUGA